AUAACCACGGUAUCAACGUUUUCGUACUACUUCAUUAACAGAUUCUUGCAAAAAAGAGAGAAGUUUAGUUGUGUUUCUGUUUAUAAAUUCAUCGAAGAUAAUACAUAGUGCGAGGAAAAAAAUCAAUCAUUGAACGAUGGCUGGUAAAAGCGGGCCUAAGCUAGAGCAGCGAAUUCAGUGUGUAAAAUUUACCAUCUUCUGCUUGAAUGCUAUCAUAUGGCUGCUCGGCUGUGCAAUGUUUGGAUUGUGCAUGUGGCUGAGAUUGGAUCCAGGUUUUCAAGAAUGGGUCGAUUUCCUCGAUAUGUAUGAAUUUUACAUCGGAAUUUACAUUUUACUUGCUGCUUCGUUAUUCGUUGUAAUUGUUACAUUCAUCGGCUGUGGCGUUGCUCUGAUGGAACACAUUCUUGGCCUUUACGUUUAUGUAGGCCUGCAAUUACUUUCUUACGUCCUUGGCCUCGUAGGAACAGCAAUUCUUCUCGAUUAUUCCACCUACGACAGUAAAAUUCAACCACUUAUACGAAGAUCUAUGACUUCGCUCAUCAGCAGGUCCCAAGAUGAUAGAGCGACGUAUAUUUUACAACUGAUUCAAGAAAGUAUUGGAUGCUGUGGUGCUGAUGGACCCAUGGAUUACUUGACUUUGAGGAGGCCGUUGCCAACGGAGUGUCGAAAUUCUGUUACCGGAAAUGCUUAUUUCCACGGAUGCGUUGAAGAGAUUUCAUGGUUUUUGGAAGGCAGAUCAGGCUGGGUGGCGGGUUUGGCAUUAGCUUUGUGUGUACUUCAUAUCGUAAUCGCCGCCCUCAGUUUAACGCUCGUCCGAGCCAUUCAAAAGGAAGAACAACAUAUAGUUUCAUAUAAACGUUAAUUGUUACUAAGUCAACGAUAACUUUUUCGUUGCCUUCUUUAUACAUUGUCAAGCUUGAUAUAAAAAAUUCACCUUAUGAAGCGGAAUUUAUAUAAAAGUGAAUACAGCAAAAACAAUGACACACUUUUGACGGAAAUAUGUAGCGUGCAAUAAGUUCUGUUAACAUUCAUAACAAUUAUACAGGGAAUAUCAUUUUUUCUAAAUCCAUAUGUAAGCUGUUGUGCCUAGGGACACUUUUUAAUGUUCAUAAUAUUGUAAUCAAAAUGAAUUAUGAAGAACUACAACUGCCUUAGGUACAUUUCAAUCUUCAUCAGAAAAAACAAUUACAAAUUUUGGCCGAACAUUUAAUAUAAUACUUCACUAAAUUAAUUUUAUACUUAAAGUGUAAUACAUAGUUGCAUACAUAGUUUCUAACUCUCUACAGCUUUGAUCAAAUUUAUAACUUUGUUUGUAUAAUUCAACAAAAUUGCAAGACACUGAAAAUACAGAGACGCUCUAUAAUAUCAAACAGGCAAUCAUUUACAAUUACAGCUGACUAGAUGAUGUCGCUGUAAGAUUGGUAUAGAAGAAUAGAUACAAUAAUAACAUAAUUCCUUGUUAUUUUUAACAAAUAACAUUAAGUAUAACACUUUAUAUUAAAUAUAAAAAAGUGCUAUAUUUAACAUCCUUAAGUACAAUUAUCUUCCUUUACAUUCUUUGAAAUAUAAUUUUCAAAUAUAAUUUAAUUAUAUACUUAACAAACUAAUCAUGCUUUACCUCACAUAAUCUUAUUUCGGUUAGUAAAUCGAUUCGACUCGAUUUCUUACACACGGUAGAGUAAUAUCUUCAAUUUUCAAGCGAACUCAAGAUCUCGACAUACUGUACGUAUUUUUAGCCUUGGAACAGAAAAAUUCAAGCGGUAAUGUUCAUAAACAUUGUACCCAGAUACAGCGUUGUUCUAACUUUAGAUUUUCGAACGCAUGUUUUCAUUACUGCCAUGUUACCGUUCAUCAAUGUACUGUACGAGAAUGUAACAUGUUUUAUAGAAUGUAAAACUUCGUUAAAUGACAUUAGCAUUUAUUAUUAUGUACAUUUACAUCAUACCAGACUAAUUGUUUCUUCUUUCAUAUGAUUAAAUGUUGACCAUGGACAAAUAAUGUUAGAAGAACUAUUGGAAUAAUGAUAGGUAUGACUAUAUUUAUUGUUUUUAC